CGCUUUUUAAGGCAAUCAAUAAAUUACAAUUAUAAUUAUUACAAAAUAGAAAAAAUAAUCCUCCGCUGAACGCGCCAACGCGCUCUUUCUUCUUCCCCUUUACGUUAGCCACCAUCCCUAAAUUCUCUCUCUGUAACUGCCACUAGUCUCAAUUUUUCAACUUAACACUACAACAACACCGUUUUAGGGUUCCGAUUCCGAUGCAAUGAGUCUCCGCCACCGUCAUUCACCACAAGCCUCAACUCCUCCUCACGAGGAAGAGCCCUACAACAUCAUCCCCGUCCAUAACCUCCUCGCUGACCAUCCUUCACUACGAUUCCCCGAGGUUCGCGCCGCCGCCGCUGCACUUCGCUCAGUAGGUAACCUCCGGCGUCCUCCGUUUGGUCAAUGGCGGCCACACAUGGACUUGCUCGACUGGUUGGCUCUCUUCUUCGGGUUCCAGAAGGAUAACGUCCGUAAUCAGCGUGAGCAUCUGGUUCUCCACCUCGCUAAUGCUCAGAUGCGACUCACUCCGCCGCCGGAUAACAUCGAUACACUCGACGCUACUGUCCUCCGUCGUUUUCGUAAAAAGCUUCUCAAGAAUUACGGCUCGUGGUGCUCUUACCUUGGUAAGAAGUCCAACCUAUGGAUCUACGAUAACCGUCGCUCCGGAGAGCCUGACCUCCGAAGAGAGCUUCUCUAUGUGUCUUUGUACCUCCUCAUCUGGGGAGAAUCUGCAAAUCUGAGGUUUGUCCCGGAAUGUAUCUGUUACAUCUUCCACAACAUGGCGAACGAGCUGAAUAGAAUAUUGGAGGAUUACAUUGACGACAACACGGGACAGCCAGUGAUGCCUUCAAUUUCCGGUGAGAACGCGUUUCUGACCUAUGUUGUGAAGCCUAUUUAUGAGACUAUUAAGAGUGAGGUUGAGAAUAGUAAAAAUGGAACUGCUCCUCAUAAUAAAUGGAGGAAUUAUGAUGAUAUCAAUGAGUAUUUUUGGAGUAGGAGGUGUUUUGAGAAGCUUAAAUGGCCUCCUGAUGUUGGGAGCAAUUUUUUUGUGACUGUUGGUAAAGGGAAGCAUGUGGGUAAAACUGGGUUUGUGGAGCAGAGGUCGUUUUGGAAUCUGUUUAGGAGUUUCGAUAGGCUUUGGAUCAUGUUGAUAUUGUUUCUUCAGGCUGCUAUAAUUGUUGCUUGGGAGGAGAAGACUUAUCCUUGGCAGGCUUUGGGGGACCGUACGGUGCAAGUUAAGGUUUUGACCAUUUUCUUCACUUGGAGUGGUUUGAGAUUUUUGAAGUCUCUGCUUGAUGUAGGGAUGCAGUUUAGGUUGGUAUCCAGGGAGACGAAGAUGCUUGGAGUGAGGAUGAUGCUGAAAUGUAUUGUUGCUGCUGUGUGGAUUCUUGUGUUUGGAGUGUUUUAUGGGAGGAUUUGGAAGCAGAGAAAUCAUGAUUUAAGGUGGACGAAGGCGGCUAAUGACCGGGUGCUGAAUUUUCUGGAGGCCGUGUUUGUCUUCAUUCUUCCAGAGCUUCUGGCCAUAGCCCUCUUUAUACUUCCUUGGAUUAGGAAUUUUGUGGAGAACACGAAUUGGAGGAUCUUUUACGUGUUAUCGUGGUGGUUUCAGAGCAGAAGCUUUGUUGGCCGUGGUUUGAGAGAAGGCCUUUUUGAUAACAUUAAGUAUUCGCUGUUCUGGAUUUUGGUGCUGGCCACAAAGUUUUGUUUCAGUUACUUUUUGCAGGUUAAACCCAUGAUUGCUCCAACAAAAGCAAUGUUAGACCUUAAGAAUGUUGAGUAUGAAUGGUUUGAAUUUUUCCACAGCAACGGAUUUUCUGCUGGAAUAUUAUGGGUUCCAGUUGUUUUGAUUUAUCUAAUGGAUAUACAGAUUUGGUAUUCAAUAUAUUCGUCUUUUGUUGGGGCGGCUGUAGGGUUGUUUGCACACCUGGGCGAGAUUCGAAAUAUGCAGCAGCUAAAAUUGAGGUUCCAGUUUUUUGCCAGUGCAAUUCAGUUUAAUCUCAUGCCUGAGGAGCAGCUGCUGAAUGCAAGAGGAACGUUGAAGAGCAAGUUUAAAGAUGCCAUCCACAGGUUGAAGCUCAGGUAUGGGUUUGGUCGGCCGUAUAGGAAGCUCGAGUCUAACCAGGUUGAGGCCAACAAGUUUGCUUUGAUUUGGAACGAAAUAAUUUUGUCUUUUAGAGAGGAGGAUAUUAUCUCUGACAAAGAGGUUGAGCUGCUGGAGCUGCCACAGAACUCUUGGAAUGUUCGGGUUAUCCGCUGGCCAUGUUUUCUUCUCUGCAACGAGUUACUGCUAGCACUCAGUCAGGCGAGAGAACUAGUUAAUGAUACUGAUAAGCGGCUUCGUAAGAAGAUAUGCAACAGUGAGUACAGACGCUGUGCUGUUAUUGAAGCAUAUGACAGUGUCAAGCACUUGCUUCUUGAGAUUAUUAAACCAAAUAGUGAAGAGCAUUCUAUUGUGACUGUUCUGUUUCAGGAAAUUGAUCACUCUCUUGAGAUUGAGAAAUUCACUAAAACAUUUAAAACAACUGCGCUGCCCCAGCUUCACAGCAAGUUGAUAAAACUUGUUGAGUUAUUGAACAAGACUGUCAAAGAUUCUAACCAAGUGGUGAAUACCCUUCAGGCCCUUUAUGAGAUUGCUAUCAGAGACCUUUUCAAGGAUAGGAGGAAUCCUAAGCAGCUAGAGGAUGAUGGCUUGGCUCCACGUAAUCCUUCUUCAGGUCUACCUUUUCAGAAUGCUGUUCAGUUGCCUGACACUAGCAAUGAGAACUUCUACCGCCAGGUUCGGCGCUUGCACACAAUUCUUACGUCCAGAGAUUCAAUGCAAAACAUCCCAAUAAAUCUAGAGGCAAGGCGGAGGAUUGCCUUUUUCAGCAACUCACUUUUUAUGAAUAUGCCCCAUGCUCCCCAAGUUGAGAAAAUGUUGGCUUUCAGUGUUCUAACACCUUAUUACAGUGAAGACGUAUCAUACAGCAAAGAACAACUCAGAACUGAAAAUGAAGAUGGGGUUUCAACCCUGUACUAUUUGCAAACUAUUUAUGAUGACGAGUGGAAGAAUUUUGUGGAGAGGAUGCGUCGGGAGGGGAUGAUAAAAGACAGUGAUAUUUGGACCGAUAAACUUAGAGAUUUGAGGAUGUGGGCUUCCUACAGAGGCCAAACACUAUCGCGUACGGUUAGAGGAAUGAUGUACUACUACCGGGCCCUCAAAAUGUUGACAUUUCUGGAUUCUGCAUCAGAAAUGGAUAUUCGAGAGGGCGCACGCGAGCUUGUUUCAGUGAGGCAAGAUAAUUUGGACAGUUUCAACUCUGAACGGUCACCUUACUCUAAGAGUUUAAGCAGAGCAAGCAGUUCAGUGAGUUUGUUAUUCAAAGGCCACGAGUAUGGGACUGCUAUAAUGAAAUUCACGUAUGUGGUUGCUUGCCAGAUAUAUGGAACUCAGAAGGCAAAGAAAGAUCCUCAUGCUGAAGAAAUUUUGUAUCUAAUGAAAAACAACGAGGCCCUUCGAGUUGCAUACGUUGAUGAAAAACCUACUGGACGGGACGAGAUGGACUAUUUCUCCGUUCUUGUGAAGUAUGAUCAACAGUUAGAGAAGGAGGUGGAAAUUUACAGAGUGAAAUUGCCAGGUCCGUUGAAGCUCGGGGAAGGAAAACCCGAAAAUCAAAACCAUGCAAUCAUCUUCACUCGCGGAGAUGCCGUGCAGACUAUUGACAUGAAUCAGGACAACUACUUUGAGGAGGCACUUAAAAUGAGGAAUCUCCUGGAAGAGUACAGGCAUUACUACGGCAUCAGGAAACCAACUAUCUUGGGAGUCAGGGAGCACAUUUUUACUGGCUCUGUGUCCUCUCUUGCCUGGUUCAUGUCAGCUCAGGAGACAAGUUUUGUCACCUUAGGACAGAGGGUUUUGGCAAAUCCUUUGAAAGUUAGAAUGCAUUACGGUCAUCCAGAUGUGUUUGACAGGUUUUGGUUUUUAACUCGAGGUGGUCUCAGUAAAGCUUCCAGAGUGAUCAACAUCAGUGAGGAUAUUUUUGCUGGGUUCAAUUGUACUCUUCGUGGAGGUAAUGUCACUCACCAUGAAUACAUUCAGGUUGGAAAGGGAAGGGAUGUUGGUCUGAAUCAAGUAUCAAUGUUUGAAGCCAAGGUUGCCAGUGGAAAUGGCGAACAGAUUCUCAGUAGAGAUGUGUACAGAUUGGGUCAUAGGCUGGAUUUUUUCCGGAUGCUGUCAUUCUUUUACACUACUGUGGGGUUCUUCUUCAACACAAUGAUGGUGGUUCUGACAGUAUAUGCUUUUUUAUGGGGUCGACUAUAUCUUGCCCUCAGUGGUGUUGAGAAAUCAAUGGAAAGUAACAGCAAUAACAACAAAGCACUCGGUACCAUCUUAAAUCAGCAGUUCAUCAUCCAACUUGGACUUUUCACAGCCCUUCCAAUGAUUAUAGAGAAUUCCCUUGAGCAUGGGUUCCUUCAAGCUCUCUGGGACUUCCUGACAAUGCAGCUCCAGCUUUCAUCAGUUUUCUACACCUUCUCCAUGGGCACUCGCAGUCAUUUUUUUGGCCGGACUAUUCUACACGGUGGAGCAAAAUAUCGAGCCACUGGCCGUGGUUUUGUUGUAGAGCAUAAGUCUUUUGCUGAAAUUUAUAGACUCUUUUCCCGUAGCCAUUUUGUGAAAGCAAUUGAAUUAGGGUUAAUACUUGUAAUUUAUGCAACACACAGCCCUGUAGCAUCUGACACAUUUGUUUAUAUAGCCCUGACCAUUACUAGUUGGUUCUUAGUUGCAUCAUGGGUGCUGGCACCGUUUAUGUUCAAUCCUUCUGGCUUUGAUUGGUUAAAAACUGUUUAUGACUUUGAUGACUUUAUGAACUGGGUUUGGUACAAUGGAAGUGUGUUUGCUAAAGCUGAACAGAGCUGGGAAAGGUGGUGGUAUGAAGAGCAUGAUCAUCUAAAGGUCACCGGCAAUUGGGGAAAGGUUUUUGAAAUAAUCUUAGACCUCCGGUUCUUCUUUUUCCAGUAUGGAAUUGUCUACCAGCUUGGCAUCUCUGCUGGAAAUCAUAGUGUUGCUGUUUACGCGCUGUCAUGGAUCUAUGUUGUUGUUGUAUCUGGGAUUUACGUUGUGGUAGUGUAUGCACGGAACAAAUAUUCGGCGAAAGAGCAUAUCUAUUACCGGCUUGUCCAGUUCCUUGUCAUAAUUCUUGCAAUACUUGUGGUAGUUGCUUUGCUGGAAUUCACAGAAUUCAAUUUUGUGGAUAUUUUUACUAGCCUGUUGGCAUUCCUUCCCACGGGAUGGGGCCUGAUAUUGAUUGCCCAAGUUUUCAGAUCACAGUUGCAAUCUUAUAUCAUUUGGAGUGGUGUUGUUGCGGUGGCUCGUCUGUAUGAUAUAUUGUUUGGAGUCAUUGUUAUGGCCCCUGUGGCAUUACUGUCAUGGUUGCCUGGGUUUCAAAAUAUGCAAACUAGAAUUCUUUUCAAUGAAGCAUUCAGCCGGGGUCUCCGCAUAUCCCAGAUUGUCACUGGGAAAAAGCCUCAAAGUUGACUAUGACGCAAGGGUUGGGAUCAAUGGAGUGCCUUUUACAUGGAGCUAGACUUGAGACAUCUGUAUAUGGAUUGACAUUGGAAUUAUAUGCAAGGAGGGGAGCUAUAUAACCUGCUUUGUGUUCCCCAAUUUUCCUCUGGUUUUGGUUGUGAUUAUAUUUUGUCUUUAUUCUGUGGAGGAGAUUACUAUUUUCUGCUUUCCUUUGAUGGCCUUUUGUAAUUAGUCAAUUAACAUGUUUAAAAUUGAUUUUGGUAGCUGGUAGGUGAUAUUCUGAUAUGUGUGUUGCAUCCCUGGCGGGAAACAGCAACUUAUUCAUAGAAUGGUAGUAACAUUAUUCAGAUUAUUUUAAUCA